UCGAAGGCUCGAAAAGCAUAUUUUGUUGAAAAUGUCAUGAAAAAGAUUUUCAAGAAUGUCGGACGUUUUCUCAGAUUCUGCAGGUGUUGCAGUCAGAACUACCAAGCUAAAUCAAUUAUUCAUUGGGAAAAGCUCCAACAAAUCCCUAACACACAAAUGUCUUGUUGAACGUGAAGGUCUCCUUGAUGCUUUAGUGCUGUUACAUGAUGAAUGCUCGAAUGAGUACCUCACGCGCCACAACAAGUAUAUCGCACAGUUUGUUGAAAGAAGUAAAGCUGUGAUUGAAGAGAUUCGAAAAUUACGAAUAUCUCCUGAUGACUUCGAGAUGAAGAGGGUGAUUGGGCGCGGCCACUUUGGUGAAGUGAAACUUGUGCGUGAAAAAGUUAGCGGUGAUGUCUAUGCUUUGAAGACGCUGAGGAAAAAUGAUACGCUAUCACAGCAACAUGUUGCCUUCUAUGAGGAAGAGCGUGACAUCAUGGCUAAGGCGUGCAGCCCAUGGAUCACCCAACUCCAGUAUGCCUUCCAGGAUCACCACAACCUCUACCUAGUCAUGGAGUUUCAUCCUGGUGGUGACUUGCUGUCUCUUCUGGCGAGAUACGAUGACAUGUUCGAGGAGGAGAUGGCUGUGUUCUACCUGGCAGAGAUGGUACUAGCUUUACAUGCACUCCACAAUAUGGGCUUCAUUCACAGGGAUGUGAAGCCAGACAAUGUACUAAUUGAUAGAACUGGUCACAUUAAACUGGCUGACUUUGGAUCUGCUGCAAGGCUUGCUCAGACACACAUGGUGUCAUUCAAGAUGCCUGUUGGCACCCCUGACUACAUCUCGCCGGAGUUACUGAUGGCAAUGAAUAGUCCAGAUGGCACUGCUAUCUAUGGUGAAGAAGUGGACUGGUGGUCUGUAGGAAUCGUCGCUUAUGAGAUGCUGUACGGGACCACACCUUUUACUGAUGAUGAGGGGUCGAUGGUGGCUACCUAUAGCAAUAUCAUGAACCAUAAGCUUUGCCUAGUGUUUCCUGGUGAUGUGUCUGUCUCCAAAGACGCAGUGGAUUUGAUCAAACACCUCCUGACGUCUGCCAAUGAACGCCUCGACUACCAUCAGAUAUGUUCACAUCGACUCUUCUCAACUACAAACUUCCCAACCAUUCGGCAAUCCAAACCACCAUUCAUCCCAACGGUGACCAGCCAAGAUGACACCUCGAAUUUUGAUAAUUGUGAACCGAUGAAGAUGGAGCCUGUUUUGGAUGAUUUCAAUGUGCGGCAGGAAUUCUCAGGGAAAGAUCUGCCCUUCGUUGGUUUCACUUACAACAAGACUAUUCAAACAAGUGACAGAUUAUCCAUCGCCUCUGAGAGUAAAUCUCCCGUAGUUAAAAACACGCUUGAAAGAAAAUUGACAACGCGGACGAGAGAAUUGAAUGAUAUCAAGGAGCGUUUUCACUCGUUGGAAUCUUUGGAGAGCAGUGCCAAGUUUGAGAUGGAGAAGCUGCAGCGGCUUCUAAGAGAGAAAGAGGUCAACCUUGACAAGGUGGAGGUGGAGAGAGACACCAUGGAGAAGGAUUUGGCAUUCUAUAUCACUGAAGUUAACGCUUUGAAACGUAAUCUUGAACUUGAGCAGAAGGCGAGAAUUGAGACGGACAACAAAGCAUCUGCUCUUCUUGAUGAAAUCAAGGAUCAAGCCGAGGUUGCCACUCGGCUGCGGGAAGAGCUAAGCCAGGCUGAGAUUGAGGAACAUAAAGAGGUGAUAGCGCAGUUGGAAUUUGACCGGCAGAACCUGACAAUCAAGAUCAGCCGUUUGCAGAAAGAUUCAGAGAAAAAAGGCAAAGAGUGUGACGAACUCAGAGAGAAGUUAGAGGAUGCACAUAGACGAUUCAACAAGGUGAAUGAACAGAGUCGUAUGAGUACUUGUGGCAUCAAGGAACAGCUGAGAAGGAGGAGUGAAGAAACCAGGGCCUUGGAGUUGGAAUAUCACGAAAAACUAGAAAUGAUUUUAGCUGAGAAUGAGCAGUUGAGCUGUGACCUGAAACAUCUACAGGCGAGCAAGAUGGCGGUAGAGAGGGAACUCGAGAGCCUGAAGGGCAGGUCAGAUAGUGAAGAACUGAUCCAGCAGAAACUUCAGGACAGCGAGCAAAAGCGUCAGUCGUUGGAGAAUCAGUUGACAGAGCUGAAGAAGAUCGAAGGAAUUGAAGAGAGAAUGGCAGCCAAUAUCCACGAGAAACACAAAAGGAUUGCAGAGAUGGCAGCAAAAGUGGUGGAAAUGGAAGAGGAACUGAGGAAGAAGGACAUGGCUCUGAGGAAACAGGAGCGGACGUCAUCAAGGAACGAGUAUCUUUUGGAGGACAAGAUUCGGACGCUGGAAAUCAAACUUGUCAAUGUCAACAAAGACUUGUAUGAACUUGAGAAGCAGUCCAAGCUCCAAUCCAAGGACACAGGGGAGACCACAAAAAGGAUAGCAGAGCUGGAACAUGAGAAAUCCUUGGUCGAGUCCAAUCUGCGGCUGAUGGAGAGGAAGAUGGAGAGGCUGGAAAGGGCUGCAGAGACGGUGCAGAACCAGGAAAAGGCGGUCAGGGAUUGUAGACGGCUGGAGAGCGAAUUAUCCGAUAUAAAACAAGAGAAGGUCUACAUGGAAACCAAGAUUGCCAACCUAGAAAAACAGUUAGAGGAAAAUCAGGGCAGCGUGGAGCAAAAUCUUGGAAAAGUUGCAGAGUUGCAGGACAGCCUGCAAAAGGAUAGAGAAGCACAUGAGAAGGAAACAUGUGAACUGAAAGAACAGCUGGUUAUGGCCGAGUUGGAGUCGAGUGAGUUUGAUUCGGUGGUGAACAGUCUCGAUAAGAAAAUAUCUGAGAUGAGGAGACGUAUAUCCGAACUUGAGACGGAGCUUGGGGAUGUGAAUCGCAAAGCAGAACAGGCUGUGGUCAAGAGUGAGUGCGAGAAAAGACAAUUAGAAACUGAAGUCACAAUGUUGAAAUCAUGUAAAGCGAAUGCCGAAAACCUUCAAACUAAACUCAAGGACAAAAGUGAAGAACUUUUCACGCUCAGACAAGAAAACAGGAGGAUGAAGACAGAUCUAGAUAACCUGAACGGUGAGAAGGGGCGUCAUGAGAGCGACAUGAAAGUUAUCAAUUCACAGUUAACAGAGCGCAAGAGGAAAUGCGAGACACAAGAACAGAAAAUAAGAGAGUUAGAACACACCAAUCAGCAGUUGGAAUCGCAGAAUAAUGAUUUGACGAAAUUGGUGCGGGAACUGGAAGACAGGGAGAGUGAAUGGAACAGAGCCAAGAAAGUUUAUGAGACGGCGGUCGAGGAACUGGAAGAACAAAAUGACCAGACGUACCAGCAGCUGAAUUGUGAAAAACAAUCCAAGGAAAGUAUAGCCGGCAAGACGCAGGACCUGAAGGGCCAGAUGAAAACCCUAAUGGCCAAGGGAGACAGCCUGAAGAAACAGCUGCAAGAGAAGGCACACAUGGUUCAGAAGCUCAAUAAGGAGCUAACUGAAGUUGAGAAGAAAAAUUCAAUGUUGGAUCUCAAUCUGAAAACGGUCAGUCGGAAACUAGAGGCCGCUCUGGGAGAGAACCACCAACUGAAGGAAGAGACAUCAAGACUUAUAACUGAGACAAAGGUGCUCAAAGCCUCCAACUUCACCAUCAGCCAGAAUCUGGAGGAAGCCAUGGAUAAAUAUGACCAUCUGAACUUGGAGAAAGAGGAGUUGGAGAACCAACUGGAGUCUCUCAAGGUCAACUAUGAGCACGAGAAGUUCAAACUGGACAGUCACCUCUCCCAACAAGGCAAGCUGAUUGACUUCCUACAGGCAAAGGCCGAGACUCCCUCCAAGAAAAAGAAGGGUUUCAAGUCCAAGGAGAAUGCGCCUGCAACUCCUAACGUCAAACCAAUGCAGUGGAAGGACAUGCAGAACAUGCUCGAGAUGGAGAGGUCAAGGAAUGCACAGCUACAGCAGCAGAUUUCAAAGCUCAGGGCCGAUCUGCACCAAGCUAAAACAGAAGCGCUGAAAAGUAAAGGUCGUAGCAGUUGCCGGCAGUGUGAACAGGUCUCUGGGCCCAUGACCCCAAAUUCAAAUGCAGCUAUGUCAGCCUUGGUGAUGUCUCCAUCAAAGCAAGCGAGCUCUCUCUCCCUGCUGACACCAGCUAGAAACCCAAGCAUCAAGAGACCACCAGCCACCCCCACCCCUUCAAGACCGAGUAAAGAACGCAUGCACCACAAGAUCCCACAUCGAUUUGUGACGGGGCUGAACACCAGGGCCACGAAGUGUGCUGUCUGUCUGGGAACAGUGCACUUUGUGAAACAGGCUGCAAAAUGCCAAGAAUGUCAUGCCGUGUGUCACCCUAAAUGUGCAAGCUCGCUGCCUGCUACGUGCGGCCUUCCAACGCAGUACAUGAAGCAUUUCACAGAGUUCAUGGCCAAGAAAGCUGCCUCGCCUGCGCGGAACCUAUCAAUGGCAGAUCUCGACUCAUUGGAUUUGUGUGGGUGGAUGAAAGUACCAAAGUCGGGUAAGCAAGCCCUGGGCGGCUGGGAGAAGAAAUGGGUGAACCUUGAAGACAAUCGCUUGUGUAUUUAUAACAAGGGAACCAACGACAAUAACCCGAUUGACACAUUCAACCUAUUCCCCGUCGAUGCCGAUGUGACCGUAAGCAGUGCCGUCACAACAUCUGAGCUCGUCAAUACUGCCUCAACUGAUUUGCCAUACAUCAUGAAGAUUGAGACAAGACAGAAGAACUCAUCGUUGCCUGGAAGGAGUUUAUACAUGAUGGCAUUGAGCUUCCCCGAGAAGCAGAAGUGGGUGGCUACCCUGGAAGCAUUGGUCAGUGAACAAUGUUAUGACAAUGAUUCAUACGUGCGCUUGACUGGUGACACGUUGUUACAUUUGGGAGGUUCUCGGAGGCUUGAUGUCAACUGUGCUCUGCUCCUGAGUGAUCAGCUUAUCCUGAUGGGCACAGAGGAGGGAUUGUUUGCCCAGAAAUUACAUGAUCCAAACAAAGAGCCUGCUGUUGGUAUUGGAGGCUUAGACAGUGUGUAUCAAAUGACUGAACUGGUCGAAAAGGGUCUGGUGGUUAUCAUAGCAGGAAAAGGGCGGAACCUGUAUACAGUAGAAAUGAAGACCCUCAAGUCGCGUGUGGAGCAAGGUUUCAUCUUGCAGCCCGUCUCAAUCUUAGCUAAGCACAUAGACAAGAUGACCCACUGCACUGUGUUUGACUGUGGCGUCUAUGACAACGCCGCCUACAUCUGUACCGGUACGCCAGACCAGAUUUACAUCCUCAAGUAUAACUAUGGACUGAGCUCAUUCUGUAUUCGAAAGGAGCUACCCACAACAGAACCUUGCAGCUGCAUCGAGUUUGGUGACGGCCAUGUUAUUGUUGGAACAGACAAGUUCUACUCCAUUGAACUGGACCAUUACAACAUGACAGAGUUCUUGGACAAGACGGACAGCUCCCUCGCCUUCGCUGUGUAUGGUGCUGCCACCUAUGAUAGUUAUCCGCUCGCUGUUCAUCAGAUUGCUGCGAGGCCAGAGGAGUAUCUGCUCUGUUUUCAUGAGUUUGGUGUAUUUGUAGAUAGCCUGGGCAAGCGGUCGAGACAGGAUGAUUUGAAAUGGGAUGGUCUGCCGUUAGGUUUCGCUCACCACAGCCCGUACUUGUACGUGGUGCAUUUCAAUUCCAUCCAAGUAAUCGACAUCACCAUCGCAGAGGCUCACCUUCGCUGCAGAUGGGCCUCCCUGGACAUCCCCAAUCCACGCUUCAUCGGGGCAGCCCUAUCAGACCAGUCAGUAUACAUCAGCAGUAAUCACAAUGAGGUGACGGAUAUCAUCGGCCUCAAGGUGGUAACGUUGGAUGAGAGUUGUAUCAGUUUGGAAUCCAAGGAGAAUCUGCCGACUUAUCCUUCGACGUCAUCUGUUGCUUCGUCCAUUGCGUCAUCAUACAAGAGUCCCACGAGGAGGAAAGCAACAGGUGGCCUCACAGGCUCUACACUACGAUUGUCUUACAGGAAACGCAUUGGAACUAACCCUCUCAACAGUGCAAAGGCACACCUGGAAUAUGAAGAUGACAGCCCACCAAAACGCAAAAAGAAAACUACAGACCUUUAGGUUUCAUCAGACUUUUCAACUGCACAAUCAUUCCGACAUGUAACCCUUUAAUGAUAUUGGUAUUUUCCCACUGUUUUAGCCAAAUUUUGUUGGUGUUAACAGCAUUUAACUUGUGGUUGACUCCUCAAAUGUUGUUGGACAGUUGAAGUGCUGAUUACCAAGGCGUGGUGUCCUGUUGUAGGACAGUUAGAUUGAGUGCUAUGAAAAAUCGUAUCAGUCAUGCACAGUGAGAAAUUGAGUUUAGAUUAUAGAACUAGGACCAUGUUGAAUAGCAACGAAAGUAAAGUCAUUGUAUUGACAGAAGAUGUCAGUUGCAUAUGUAGGUAGUGGUAUAGUUUUGUGUGCUUUUGCUGUGGGCAGGUGGUGACCGUCAGUUCUAUCAGGACACUACAGUUUCGACGUUACAGGACUCUGUUACUGUAGGCUCUACUCUCUACUCAUACAACAGGGAAAGGUCGAGUAACACCUGCCCCAAGCUUGACCUUGCCCAAUAAACGUAUGGUUCAUGUGUGUAUGAGGACAAUAUGUAUGUGGUGCUUGCCUAAUGUGGCUGUCAUAUAACUAUGUUAGUUUCUGUUGCAUGUAUUAUUUCUGAUGAUUUAUAAUUUGAUGUGUUUUUAUGGUCUUAAAAGUUCAUUUAUAAAUGUUUUGUCCAUAUCGAUUGGGGCUCUAGAGCACAAAGUGAUGGUCGGAUGAAGUUUGGAUGUAUUGAUCUUACUUCGUGACCAAACAGGAUAUCUUGAGUUCAGCAUCGUUUUGGCUGCAAAUAAAUGAUCAAUAAAAACCAAACUUCAAAGAGGUCCGAUCAGAAAGUCAUGCUCUAGGGCACAAACAUUGUGGACAAAAUACUUACAAAUAGACAAUAGAUGUAUGUAGCUUGUAAUGAUCACUGUCAUUUGCAUCACUGUCACAUCCUGUAACAAUCUGUUAAAUAUGUCUCACGCUGUGACCACGAUGUUUGAUUUCAAUUCACUCAGCGUUUACACCAUGGUCUUGUAAAGGAAUCCUGAAUCCCAAACCAUUUCACCGUCUCCUAUCAGUAUACUUUCACAUGUUUGAGAAUCCUUAUACAACAGGCACAACAUUUUUUCAAAACUAAUAAAUCACCAAUGUGGUCAGUCUUCUGAAUAUCAACAUGUCCCUGCAUGCUGGUUGUGACUUUGUCUUCAAAAGACCAAUUCGUAGCAAGGGCUACAUCAUUUUAUCUUAAUUGAUUGAAUUGAUUUCAGUUGUGCGAUAUCCUUCUUCUACCUAUAAAGAUGGAAGAUUCCUCUGUCGCUUUUCAGUUUACAGAAGUGAAAAAAGCCAGUGAAACAAAGCAUGAAUGACUAUUUUCUUCAAUGUAUAAUCAAAUAUGUGUAUAAUGUCACAA